AGGUUUUCCUCUGCUGUAGCAAAAUUACUUUACGUUUUUCUGCAAAAUUUGAGACGCCACAAAUUGCUGCCAAAUCUGCAACCCUUGAGAGCUCUAAUAAAUAUUUGGUUUUGGCGGUUGCCCAUGAAAAUGUCAAGUGUCCCCGACGGGGAAGAUUUGAUAAAAGACUCAGUGGCAUCUGUGGUGGAAGGAUGUCAACUACCAGUUCAUAUGCUGAAGACAGAUGAAUGGCCUCUGGCUGAGAUUGUCAGUAUCAAGGAGGAAGAUGAUGGACGACUCAUCUUCUAUGUCCACUAUAUUGACUACAACAAACGGCUGGAUGAGUGGGUGGGCGAGGAGAGGCUGGACCUGCGGCGCAUCCAGUUCCCGCGCAAGGACAAGGAUGCGCCCACCACCACCACCCAGUGCACCACGACCGGCCUCAACACGCCGAAAAAGAAGGAGCCACAGAGCACCAAGCCGUCUCGCUCCGGGUCUCCGAUCAACUCACCGGACCCGCUGGCCGCACCGAACGUGCUCUCUGCCGCUCUGCUGCGGAAAAAGACCACGCAGAAACGCAAGAUGUCGUCCACCGAGGAGCUGACGCAGCCGGUGGUCAAGUCGGAGCGGCGAGAGAGCACGGCAGCCGCCUCAGACGCCGGCGUCCCCGAGCCCGGAGAGCCGGGGUCCGUGGUGCCUCGCACCGGCAGCAUGGCCGUCCACCAGGACGACGUGGUAACGCGCGUCAAAAACGUCCAGAUGAUCGAGCUGGGCAAGCACCGCAUCAAGCCCUGGUACUUCGCGCCCUACCCUCAGGAAAUGACCAAAAUGGGAUGUAUCUACCUCUGUGAAUUCUGCCUCGCGUACAGGAAAAGCUCAAAAUGUUUAGAAAGGCACAUCAAAAAGUGCAAGCUAAAACAUCCACCGGGCGACGAGAUCUACCGGAAGAACACCAUCUCGUUUUUCGAGGUGGACGGCCGCAAGAACAAAGUGUACGCCCAGAACCUGUGCCUGCUCGCAAAGCUAUUUCUCGACCACAAGACACUGUACUACGACACGGACCCGUUCCUGUUCUAUGUGAUGACCGAGUGCGACAGCAGGGGGAACCACAUCGUGGGCUACUUCAGCAAGGAGAAGGAGUCGACAGAGGACUACAACGUGGCCUGCAUCCUGGCGCUGCCGCCCUACCAGCGCAAGGGCUACGGCCGGCUGCUCAUCGAGUUCAGUUACGCGCUGUCCAAGUUUGAGGGCAAGACGGGCUCGCCGGAGAAGCCUCUCUCGGACCUGGGUCUUCUGUCGUACCGCAGCUACUGGUCCCAGGCGAUUCUCGACCUGCUCAUCAACACAAAGCCGCUCGAGGGUCAGGAGACGCCGCAGAUCACAAUCAGCGAGAUCUCGGAGCUGACCAGCAUCAAGAAGGACGACGUGAUCUCAACACUACAGUGGCUGAACCUUAUCCACUACUACAAGGGACAGUACAUCAUCACACUCAACAAAGAACUCAUCAAGACACACCUGCGCAGCAUGAGCAAACGCUCGCGCACCAUCGACGCCAAGGGCCUGCACUGGACGCCGCGAGACUGGUCCAAGCGCGGCAAAUGGUGACGCCGGCCGGCGGCGGCGGCGCACGCUGCCGCCCACGCCGCCGCCGCCGCCGCCGCCGCCACUGAGGAUGACGAUGACGAUGAUACGGGCGACUGACGACCGAUGACGGAGGCGCUCGGAGUGUGCAGGACGUCCGGAGGCUCAGUGAUGGGGUGUGAAGGCCCGAGGCUGGACGGCUCAAAGACCAGCGGGCGUGCCAAGUGGUCUGUUUCCUAAAAUGGAGUGUACCGAGCGGUGGCGAAGUCGGAGAGCGGUGGGGUAUUUGAGGGGGUCACAGGGAGGUGCGUGGGGGCUGGUGAGUGCCAGGCGCCGAGCAAGCAGAGGUCUGUCGACUAACUUACGGCGUUGCCGAGCCCUGGACUGCCGCGUCACAGAGUCUGAGUAACCGCCGCGGACUUGUGACUGCAUGUGACGUCAGACAUUACUGUAACGUGACGAGACCGACUGGAAUCCGACAUACGGAUUGUGAUAUCAGACGAGAAUUGCUCCGCACGGCGUCGUCGGAGCGACAUCUUUGCUGCCAACACUGUGUGAUGCUGCGCUGCCGACGUUAUUUUCAAUACAGCUUUCGCAAGCGUCA